AUAACGGACCCCACCCUUAAAAUAAGACUUAUUGCUAAUACAUGCCCAGGACAUUUCUGUGUGAUGGCAUGCUAAAAAAAUCCUCUCUGAAUGGGGACCAAAGGCUUUGUUGCGGCAUGAGCAAGACUUACGAUUCCCAAGAAAAAUCCUGUCCCUCUCUUGCAUCAUACAGUCGUGGAUGGAGAGGACAUUUCUAGACAAAAAGGCAGCCAGCCAGGAAGGAGGACAAACAGGGAAUACAUUCCUGACUCGCUAUUUAAUUGCUUUCGUGCAGGUGCAAAGAACUAAAUGAAAGGAAAAAUAAGGAUGAGCAUGUGGGGCCAAGUCAAUCUCAGCUUUAAGCAGGAGUCCAGCACCAGAAGGAUGUGGCUGCUGCAAUAAACAGGCUUUCACCCAACUUCUUGGUGGGUUUUGUGCUUUUUCCCUCCAGGGACUAGGCUCAUUCCUGCGGUGCUGGUGGGUGAUGGCCCUGCCAGGUAAGGUGAUGGGGACAGUCCCCUCCCAUGGGGCAGGGGUGGCUGGUGCUUGCUGGGUGCCUGCCCUCCCACACUGCCCGCUGGCAGUGCCGCCGCUGGGUCUGCUUGUCUCUUUCCCCUCGAGUGUAAAGCACUUUGAGUGCAUAAAUUGCCCUCUGUGGCCCUGAGCAGAAUCUCCAGCCUGAUCCCGUUUGGUGGUUAAAUGCAGAAGUGACGAAGGGUUUAGGGAACUCGGAUGGUGAUGCCUCAAGGGCUGAUGUCCAGCGCCUACAGCGUCUCCUGGGUCUCAGGAGCUGGUCUCUCCACCACAGAAUUUGACUUUUAAACCCACAAAGGGGAGAAGUCCUUUGUUGCUUGUGGCAGGGAGCACUCCAGCCUCAGAUAUGGUGCAACCCCUCCUCAGAGCUCAGGCAUUUACUCCCGAAAAUAAGUGGGAAUAGGUUUAAUGAUGGAAAACUUCCUAUCCCAGGAGGUGAACUUCCUUCUUUCAGGGAAUAAUGCAGAGCCACUGCCACCAGCCUGGGUCCUGCCGUCUGGCUGUACACUGGGUACUUCUUAAUUUAAUAGACCAGGAGGUGUGAAGGUCUGUAAUUACAGUCCCCGGGAUGUCCCCGGGAGCAUGUUUGCCUGUGCUGGCCCCAGCAGGGCUUGGGGCUGGCCCUCUGGCAUCCCCACAGCUCUUUUACUUUUGCAGGCCAGAGGAGCAGAGUGUCCUUGGUUUCCCUCCUUGCCCUCGCAUUGCACAUCAUAUUUUUUAGGCUCCUGUGAGCUCUUUGUCUUUCCCAAGGUUUCACACCACACAUCAAGUUCUCACUGCAUUAUGCUGAAAGAAAUACAAAAAGAACAAGGCAGGAACUGAUAGAGUGCAGAAAAAAAUGUAUAUUGAUUAAAAUAGCAACAUAACCUGUUUCUCUUUAUUAAUUCCCUCCUGACAGCAUUUCCAGUCCAGGCAUGUACCUGUGUUCAUUUGUGAUGCUCCCACGGACCUGUGUGGUCCAGGAGCAUCGCUGGGGCGUGUGUCUGUGUGUGGUGAGAGUUUUCUGGUUGUCUGAGCAACGGGAUGUUCAUCACUAACUCCAGAGAUAAUUAACUCAUUUUUCUGUAUUUAUAGAAAACGGAUGCAGGGAAUGUUGGCACUUAGCCCUGAUGGGGCCACAUUUGGCGACAACAUCUUGAAUUUUGGCCAUUCCUUGCAAUACGGUGGCUUUGUCAUCAUCCCCGCUGCCUGCUCAUUAAGCCUGAAAGCGGGCAGCUAGUUACGCCCGCAAGGGCAAGGGGUGCCAGCCCCGACCUGGGGGUGAAACACUGGCAGCUGCCUUAGGCGAGCUGCCUGUGGGCGCCCACCUUCGCGUGCCCCGCUCCUGGUUUGCCAGUGCAGGGGAUGUUUGCAUCAGCGUUGCCAUCUCCUGCUGCCUGUGCUAAAAACAGCAUACUCCCAGCUCGGCCACCGGCAAGGGGAAAUUUUGCUGCUUCAAGGGGUUUGUUGCAGGGAUGUGAUGCAAAGACGCGCUGGAGCAUCCUGACUUGUCACCGCCGUGGUGGGAGACCCGUGGGGAAAGACAAGGAGCAUCUUCUCUCAGCAUCAGGGCAUACGUAUGCCAGGGGAUGAGUGACGAGCAGCUCCCCACAGCUCCCCGCUGCCCUGCCGUGGAGAGGGAUACCAACAUCUCAGUCUCUGGCUGCCCUGAGCACUGGGUUGAGCCCCGGUUCACGCAAGCAGCGAGGGUCCGCGUGAUCUUCACGGCCAUCUUCUUCUUGCUGGCGGUGGGCAGCAACGUGGCGGUGCUUGGCAGCCUGCUGAGGAAGAGGAGGAAAUCCCACGUGCGGCCGCUGAUCCUCAGCCUGGCACUGGCUGACCUGCUGGUGACGUUAACAGUGAUGCCUCUGGAUGCAGUGUGGAAUGUGACGGUGCAGUGGUACGGAGGAGAUACCUCCUGCAAGCUCCUCAACUUCCUCAAGCUCUUUGCCAUGUAUGCAGCUGCCCUGGUGCUGGUGGUCAUCAGCCUGGACCGACACGCGGCCAUCCUCCAUCCCUUCUCCCAUGCUCGCCGCCGCAACGGGUUGCUGCUCCGCACCGCCUGGGCCGGCAGCGUGCUCCUGGCUUUACCUCAGCUUUUCCUCUUCCACUUGCACACGAUCCCAGGAGGGAACUUCACCCAGUGCGUCACUCAUGGGAGCUUCCGAGCACACUGGGAGGAAACCGCCUACAACAUGUUCACCUUCACCACCCUCUACAUCACCCCCCUGAGCGUCAUGAUCGUUUGCUACAUCCGGAUCAUUUGGGAGAUCAGUAAGCAGCUAAAGAACAAUAAAGGUUUGGUAAGAAGUCAAAAUGACCACAUUUCCAAGGCACGCAUGAAGACUCUCAAGAUGACCAUAGUCAUUGUUGCCACCUUCAUCAUUUGCUGGACCCCAUACUACCUCCUGGGCUUGUGGUACUGGUUCCAGCCAGCCAUGAUCCAGAAGAUGCCGGAAUAUGUCAACCACAGCUUCUUUCUCUUUGGCCUGCUGCACACCUGCACCGACCCUGUCAUUUAUGGACUGUACACCCCCUCCUUUCGGGAGGACGUGCAGUUGUGUCUCAGGGGCGUUGAAACAGCCAUUACCAGGCACAAGAGACACAAACCUGUCUCAGUCUCAGAGAAGAACAUAAAAGAUGGUGCUGUAAAUGGUGGGGUGGCAUCAGGGGGCUCCAAUGGGACGACUGUUAACACAAUCUGCUGAAGAGAUGUAUCCACAAGGACACGGGAGACACAGCUUUGGGGGCUGCUUUUGUCCCAUAGGAUCGUUCUGGAGACUGUCAUGAGGAAGUUUGUCACUCAGCUUUGGUGGGUGAGGGUCUCUGGCCAGAAACUGGGAAUGCAUCUCCUGCCUGAACUCAGGGUGAAAAACAUCUGGUGGUAUUCACGGUCACUCUUCCGUUCUUGCAGCCCUGUGACAACAAGGAAGCUGUCCUUUUUGUGCCCUGUGCAUGCUCUAGCCCUGAUUCUGGAAUCAAGCAUCUGCCACACUUCCAGCAUCAACCCUUUGGAGGAGACAUGCCGUCUCCUCUGUGGUCCAGGGCCAUGUCCAUCUGGGAUGGCCCUUUGCACCUACACCUGGGUGCGGAGCUGCUAAGUGGUGUCACCCUGAGAAGCUGCAAAGGUGCCAUCAGAAGCUUUUACUCCCUUUUCUCCAGCCACUCUAGGAAAAGCUCUCUGGAAGUUUUGGAUCUCCAGGCACAGAGCCUGUUCGGUCCUCCCACAGCUGCGUCAAGCCUUGGGGAGGAUCUAAAUCUUUGGGGAGUGACUGAUGCAGGGGCAUUAGUCCCCAUGGGCAUGGUGGGGAGGGAGGAAGUGCUGCAGGGAUGGAGGGGCUCAGGCAAGAGGGGUUCAAAGAACCACAGCGGGAUGGGAUCGGAUGGGGAUGGAAUGGGGUUUCUUCUCCCUUCUGGAGACAGCCAUAAGGAAAGAGAGUCCUUGCUGCAUUGUUCUGGCAUGCAGGGGGUGGUACGGACACAUCCUUACACAGUAGCUCUCUGGGACGCAGGGCUGACCAGGAGACUACUUGGUGUAAGCAGAGAGUGAAAACCAGACCCAACACUGCCCAGCCCCCCCUGCCUGCCCCUGCCCCAUGUCCUAGGGUACGAGCUGGCAGGUUGCAGACCAUGUCCUGGGCUCCCCAUAUGUGCUUUGCCCUAAGGGCUUGACCCGACAGCAGCACCUCAUCUCUGUCCCCAGCAGGAUGGGUGCAGCCACCCCACAGGAGAUGCCUGAGGUGUCCCAAUGAGGAAGGUGAUGGGAAGCACCUGUAGGUAGAUGGGGCCCAUCAGCACUCAUAAAUGCCAGCAGGGUGCUGGUGGUCUUUGGCUGCGCUGUGGAGGUAAGGGAGGCUGUGGGAGGGAUCAGCUGAGCUGUGAUGAAUGAAUUUUUUUUUUUUUUUUUUUUUUGCUUUUCACUAGUGUGUUACAAGUUGCUUGUAAAGAUGGAAGCCUCUUCUCUGGGUGUGGGUUGAAGAGAUGGGUUUAUUCAACUGUGUUGUUCCUUUCUGUGUGACUAGAAAUAGUGAACUGUUUCUUUGUUUGUUCUCUGCUGAUUGUUAUGAAAUGUGUUUUUUGCUUUUGAAGAGAAAUCUAGUUUUGAGCCAGGUGCGUUGUGGGUUUUUUUUUGGUUUUGUGAAAUCUUUGGGCAGCUCAGGAGUGUGGACUUGGCAGGAGGUGGCUCCCUGGGCAUUUCUGUGGCUACUGCAGCUUUGAAUGAGCAUCUGGACUUUAUCAGGAUGAAAGAGCUGUGUUUUAAAAACAAAUCUUGACUUGCUGUGGUUGCAUGUGUAGGGAAGCUGGGAGAUGUCUCCUCCCAAGCAAGCAAAUUUCCUUUGGUCGCCAAGGGGGCGUUCUCAACCCUGUCUUUAAGAGGGAAUGGAUCCCUGCUGGUCAGAAGGGAUCUGCACUGGUCUCCCAGUGCCCCAGCUAACAAAUUAGAGGGGUGGGAGAGCAGUCCUUGCACGUUGGCUGAGGCUGGAUGAUGACGGUAUGGGAAGCCGUGGUGCUCAGGGUGAUGCAGAGCUGUAGGCAGGUAUUGAGCACAUGCCUUUCCCCACGCUAGCUAUCAUUUAUGCUAAACACGCUGACCAAGGAGAAAAAAAUUCAAUUAGAGCUGCAGGAGCCCAGGCAGGCUAGUGGGGAUUAGCAUGAGUCCUUUAGGAAGCAUCCAAGCUCCAAUGAGAUGCGUAAUCACCGUUUGGCUUUCCUGGGCUUGUUCUGCUCAAGGUUAAUUACGCAAUGCUAAUGGCAGCAGGGCUUGCUGCUGCCAGGCUGGCUUGGCUUGACCUGUGUAAAAGAGUUUCUUGUGAGGUGAUGGGAAUGACUUGUGGUAGGAGAAGCUAAUUUAUUCAUCAGACUCUCAUUUGGUUUCUCUGUUUGUAUUACUGAUGAUCGCUAAUGGGGGGCAGACCUUGAAGGUGUGUUGGUUUUCUGGCAAGCCUCAAAGAAGCAGGAAAGUGUCUUUAAUCUCCUGAAAACAUUCUUCAUCUGCUUUCUGCUGAGUGAGAGAGAACAGGUCUGGCAUUGCUUGUACGCUUAAGGCCAUUUGUCCUUCCUCGCACAGCAGCGGGAGAGCUCGGAGACCUUCUCUGAGGAGCAAGAAGUACUUUUUCCCUUGUGGGAGGGACCCACCACCUUUACACCCCACAGGUACAGUGAGAGGACAGAAGCAGCUUUGGCUUUAGGUGAAGAGUAGGAAAACUGAGAUGCUGGCAAGGAUAUGUACCUUGGUCCUUGGGGGAAGCACGGCACAUCCCUCAGGAUGCCCGCAGGCACUCUCAGCGCUGCUCUUUCUGCCUGCCUCUAGGUACCUUCCCUCCUGCUGCUGGUGCUCGAGGCUGGCAUUUUGGGAAGCCCAGAGCGUGGGCAAGGUGCCCAAAGUGACAGCUUUCACGAUGGAAGGAAAAUGUCACUAGAAGAACAUGCUGCCAAGCCGUGUGCCCAACGUAUGCAGGAAGGGGGGGCGAGCAGGUGGGCAGCACCUCCCCAGGGGAGCCAGGGCGGGUAUUUUCUGAGUCACUGGGGAUUGACCCAGGUCUGGGUCCUGCCAGAGGCGGACCAAAGCCCAGGCCUGGUUUGAACAUCUCUGAAUUUCUGAUUCUGUGUUUCUUAAAUCUGUUUGUAUUUUAGAAAGCAAAAAAUUUUUGCAUCACUCAUCAGGAGCAUGAAACACAGAGCCUUGCUGCUCCCCAACCCAGGGGUGGUCUUGCUUUCUGCAGUAGUUCCCUCUCCCUACCUUGCCUCAAAGCCUGGGUCUCCAACAGCACCUGCCUUCCUCCUCAGCUGGUUCCUGAGAUCUCUGAA